AUGGAGGACGUGCUCAGCAUCCUGCGACAGUACAACAUCCAGAAGAAGGAGAUCGUGAUCAGGGGAGACGAAGUGAUCUUCGGGGAGUUCUCCUGGCCCAAGACCGUGAAGACCAACUAUGUCAUGUGGGGCACUGGAAAGGCAGGCCAACCCAAACACUACUACACAUUGGAUUCUCUCUUAUUUCUACUCAAUAACGUCCACCUUUCUCAUCCAGUUUAUGUCCGACGUGCAGUUACCGAAAAUAUUCUUGUAGUUAGAAGACCUGACCGAAAAGAUCUACUUGGAUAUCUCAAUGGGGAAGCAUCAACAUCAGCAAGCAUAGAUAGGAGCGCUCCCCUGCAAAUAGGUCUUCAGCGGUCCACUCAAGUCAAAAGAGCUGCAGAUGAAGUUUUAGUAGAAGCAAAGAAAGCACGGAUUGAGGAUGAAGAGUGUGUGCGUCUUGAUAAAGAGAGAUUGGCAGCUCUUUUGGAAGGCCAUAAAGAAGGGAUUGUGCAGACUGAACAGAUUAGGUCUUUGUCUGAAGCCAUGUCAGUGGAAAAAAUUGCUGCAAUCAAAGCCAAAAUUAUGGCUAAGAAAAGAUCGACUAUCAAGACUGAUCUGGAAGAUGCUCUAACUGCCCUUAAACCGAGGAGUUUUGUGGAUGCUGAGGUCAAUGUAACCAGAGAUAUUGUCAGCAGAGAAAGAGUGUGGAGAACAAGAACCACCAUCUUACAGAGCACAGGAGAGAUUUUUUCCAAGAAUAUUUUUGCAAUUCUUGAGUCUGUAAAAGCCAGAGAAGGGCAUGCCCCUGAACAGCGGCCUGCUCCAAAUACAGCUCCUGUGGAUCCCACAUUGCGUAUGAAGCAACCUAUCCCAGCUGCCUACAAUAGAUACGACCAGGAAAGAUUCAAAGGCAUAGAAGAAACGACAGGCUUUAAGAUCGAUACUAUGGGCACAUACCAUGGCAUGACACUGAAAUCUGUAACGGAAGGUGCAUCUGCCCGUAAGACUGAAACUCCUGCAGCCCAGCCUGUACCUAGACCAGUUUCUCAAGCAAGACCGCCCCCAAACCAGAAGAAAGGAUCACGAACACCCAUUAUUAUCAUCCCUGCAGUUACCACUUCUUUAAUAACCAUGCUUAAUGCAAAAGACCUUCUACAGGACCUAAAGUUUGUCCCAUCAGAUGAAAAGAGGAGACAAGGUUGUCAACGAGAAAAUGAAACACUAAUACAGAGAAGAAAAGACCAGAUGCAACCAGGGGGCACAGCCAUUAGUGUCACAGUCCCUUAUAAAGUAGUAGACCAGUCCCGGAAACUGACGCCUCAAGACUGGGAUCGGGUUGUAGCUGUUUUCGUUCAAGGUCCUGCUUGGCAGUUUAAAGGUUGGCCAUGGCUUCAACCCGACGGGUCACCAGUUGACAUAUUCACUAAAAUUAAAGCCUUCCAUCUCAAGUAUGAUGAAGUUCGUCUGGAUCCAAAUGUUCAGAAAUGGGAUGUAACAGUGCUAGAACUCAGCUAUCACAAGCGUCAUUCGGAUAGACCAGUUUUCUUACGUUUCUGGGAAGUACUGGAUAGAUACAUGGUAAAGCAUAAAUCCCACUUGAGAUUCUGAAUCACGUGAUUCCUCCGUUUCUGAAAAC